GCUUACGUGCGCCGGCGAGACGCGAUCGGCGACCGAUGGGGCCAGCACGGGACUGGUCCGGGCUGCCGGAGGACCUCCUCCUCGUCGCCAUGGCCGCUAUGGAAGUCCCCGACGUCCUCCGCUCGGGAGCCGUCUGCUGCUCCUGGCGCUCCGCGUCCGCCACGUUCCGUCGUCUCCGUCUCCCCUCCACGGCGCUGAACCAGCCUCCGUGCCUGCUAUACGCGUGCGAUGCCUACGGAGCAGACGACGCCACGGCGCUCUACUCCCCCUCUGCCAACGCCACCUUCCGCCUGCCAUCCUCGCUCCGCGGCGUCGUCGGGUCGGCGCACGGGUGGCUCUUCACUACCGACGAGGCGGCCAACCCCUACCUCCUCAACCCUCUCACCGGCGCCCGGGCCGCGCUCCCGCCCAUCACCACUCUCGAGGGCGUGAAGAUCCACAGCAACCCGGACGACGAUGGCGGUGUACUCUACGACGUUGACCGCGGGAUGCGGAGCUUCCCGAAAGUGAAACAGGCCAAUGCGCGGACCGCGAAGGACUGGGUGUACGGCCGGGUCGCCAUCUCCGCGGCGGGCGCGUCGCCGGGGUGCAUCGUCUUGCUCGCACACACGCCGUGCGGAAGUCUCUCCUUCGCGAGGCCCGGCGACGAGAGCUGGACCUCGCUGCCUGAACCAUACUCGACCACGGAGGUCGCCAUUGCUGUCUACAACGAGAGGGAUGGCCUGUUUUACACGCUAUGCGAGGGCGGCGUCGUGUGCACCUUCGACCUGAGCAACCCGUCGUCCCCGGCGGUGCGGCGCAUAGCAUACGGUGCGAAGAUGCAUUCGUCAGGCAGCGCUGCUAGGCACUCGCACUACCUCCUGUUCACGCCGGGCAACGCCAUCCUGGUGGUGACGAGGCGCUUUGCCAGGGCACUGGACACUCCGCGUGGCGGCGGCGUUGCCACCACUGACCUCUGGAUCCACAAGGUCCGCGGUCGGGACUGGACAGGCUUGGGUGACAAUGCUCUCAUCCUCGGCCGGAACUCGCCGCUGUGCCUCCCGAUCAAGGACUAUCCCAUGUUGCGCCCAAACUGCGCCUAUCUGACGGACGAUCUUCAGCAGCACUACACGCCAGUCAGGCGGCGCAACCUCGGCAUCUGGGACUUCGAGACCGGGAGCCUGCAGAAGCUUGACGAUCUCAGGCCUCUCCUUCCUUGGCUGGAAACACCACCACCAAUUUGGAUUACGCCAUCUUUUUACUAGACUUGGCACAUGAACAUU